AUGACUGUCAUGAACCAGGGCUUGGCUUCCUCCCGACGCAAGUCGCGCAAGGCGCACUUCUCGGCCCCCUCCAGCGAGCGCCGCACUAUCAUGAGCGCCCCUCUGAGCAAGGAGCUCCAGCAGAAGUACAAUGUUCGCUCUAUCCCCAUCCGCAAGGAGGAUGAGGUUCUCGUCGUCCGCGGCUCCCAGAAGGGCCGUUCCGGCCGUGUCAACAGCGUCUACCGUCUGAAGUGGGCCAUCCACGUCGAGAAGAUCCAGCGCGACAAGAGCAACGGCCAGAGCGUUUACCUGCCCCUGCACCCCUCCAAGGUCGUCAUCACCCAGUUGAAGCUCGACAAGGACCGCGAGUCCCUCCUUCAGCGCAUCGCCCAGGGUCGUGAGGCGGUCAAGGCCAAGUCCGCUUAA